AUGUCGCUGUCGCGGGAGGAGGUGCACGACUUCGUCCGUGCAAUGACGACGUACAUGCAGACGCCGUCUUUUGUCGAGAAGCUCCGCGAGGCGGUCAAGCGGGAGCCGGCCCCCACGAGCGAUACGGAGCUCAUGGCCCUCUUCGAGGGCCUGCAGGAGGAGUUUCUCGCCAGCUAUGCGUCCACACGGAAGCGUGGGGCCAACGAGCAAGAAGCAGAGGGCGCUACUGCGGCGGCGCGGGACGGGGCGGCCACGCUGCAGCAGCUGAGGGAGGCCGUGCUGCACUUCCCAGACAAGGAGACCGAAGGGAUGAUUAGGCAGAUGUGUAUGCUGCAGGAGUCGCAGAUGGUGUCGAUAUGCGCCUCUACGCCGUCACUUGCGUCGCUGCUGCGCGGCGGGGGCGAGGGACAUCACCACGACCACGAUCACGGGCACUGCCACGGGCACUGCCACGGCCACGGGGCCCCCAAUCCGCAGGAGGUGAUGGAAAUGCAAAUGGCGUUUCAGUCCCUCCCUCCGCACCUGCGGCAGGAGAUGAUGCGCAUUCAGCAGCUGAUGCAGAGUGGCCAGCCGCCCAGGGCGGAGGACGCGGAGAAGAUGCGGGAGAUAAACUCCCACUUAAAGGCUUUCAUCACCACACUGCGGCAAUUCAGUGGCUCCAACGAGGCCGCCAAAAAGUAA